GAUUGGGGGUGUCUCCGCCCCUAAAGUGCUCCCUAAGAAUGCAAACGAUUUGAAAUUAGGGAUUAUUUCAUUCCUUGUAUCUCUACCCUGGAUGCCUGGCACUUAGGAGGCGCUUAAAAAUGCAAAAAUUGAUGGUGGAUCUUUGCAUUUAUCCGUGUGAGAAUUCCUUCCAUUAGUGCAGAUUUCAACCAAUCCAUGCCUUCUCAUCCUUUUCGAUUCUUAGAGGAUCCCAUCCAAGGGGCAAUUAUGAACGAAGAGCACUUUGUAAACAUUGACUUAAAUGAUGACAACAUUUGCAGUAUUUGUAAACUGGGAACAGAUAAAGAAACACUUUCCUUCUGCCACCUUUGUUUUGAGCUAAAUAUCGAAGGAGUACCAAAAUCUAAUCUCUUGCAUACCAGAUCAUUAAGGGGCCACAAAGAGUGCUUUGAAAAAUUCCAUUUGAUAGCCAACCAGGAUUGUCCUCGAUCUAAACUCUCCAAAAGCACUUAUGAAGAAGUCAAAACUAUAUUUAGCAAAAAGAUAAAUUGGAUUAUACGGCACGCCCAGAAUAAGGAUGUAGAGUCGGAUCCUGAUGGUCCCAAAACUUCCCAGCGACCACUUUUAAAUUUUAGACAUAAGUCAGAUAGAAAGUUAUUACCACAGUUUGAUUCCCAAGUACCAAAGUAUUCUGCAAAAUGGAUAGAUGGAACAACAGUGAACAUCUCAAACCAUGCACAAAGAAUUUUGGAGCAGAGUGAAUCUGCAAGCUUCGGGCUUGAUAUGUUGCAAGAUUCAAGUGCCCCUUUCUGCUAUAAUAGUGUUUUGUGGUCUCAUUGCCAGCAAACUCAGAAAAAAGAAGCUUCUGUUUCAGACAUUGGUGACCAGAGACAACACACUUAUUAUACAAGAGAACAAUUGAGUUCAAUGAGUCUUGGUGAGGUAGAGCAGCUGAAUGAAAAGCUUCACCAACAAAUCCAAGAAAUUUUUGAGCAGCUGACAUACCAAGUACAGGAAAAGGAUUCUUUGGCUUCAGAACUCCAUGUCCGACAUAUUGCCAUCGAACAACUACUUAAGAAUCAUUCCAAGUUGCCAUGUCUUCAAGCGGGGAGACAAGGAACAAAGUGCAACCUUUCCAUAAGUAACUGAACAAGACUCAUACCUAAUUAAUUCUGUCAAUUCAUUGGUCAGUUGUGGAGACUUCUAAUAAGUGUGUUGGAAAGUUGUUGCAUCCUUUUGAAAACAUUUGGAAUCUUUUCAACAGCAUUCCAUCUAUUUUAAGUAAAGUUUUAAAAAUAUUUUUUUCUCCCCAUUUACAUGUAAAAACAAUUUUCAACAUUUGGAUUUGUGGUUUUUUUGUUUUGUUUUGUUUUUAAAGUUCCAAAUUCUAUCCCUCUUUCCUCCACCCAGCCUGGGAUAGUAAGCAGUCUGAUAUAGAUAUUAUACACGUGCAAUCAUGUAAGACAUUUCCAUGUUAAUCAUUUUGUGCAAGAAGAC